AUGCACAUCACCCAGCUCAACCGUGAGUGCCUGCUGCACCUCUUCUCCUUCUUGGACAGAGACAGCAGGAAAAACCUGGCCAGGACCUGCCCCCAGCUCCAGGACGUGUUUGAGGAUCCUACACUCUGGCCCCUGUUGCACUUUCGUUCCCUGACAGAACUCAAGAAGGACAACUUCCUCCUGAGCCCCGCGCUCCGGAGCCUCUCCAUCUGCUGGCAUUCCAGCCGCGUGCGGGUGUGCAGCAUCGAGGACUGGCUCAAGAGCGCCCUGCAGAGGAGCAUCUGCAGCCGGCACGAGAGUCUGGUCAGCGAUUUCCUCCUCCAGGUGGGCGACAGGUGCCCCAACCUGGCCUCCGUCACGCUGUCGGGCUGCGGCCACGUCACAGACGACUGCCUGGCUCGCCUGCUGCGCUGCUGCCCGCGCCUGCGCGCACUGCGCCUGGAGAACUGCGCACGCGUCACCAACCGCACGCUGGCGGCCGUGGCGGCGCACGGGCACGCGCUGCAGACGCUGCACGUGGACUUCUGCCGCAACGUGAGCGCGGCCGGCCUCAGCCACCUGCGCUCCGCGUGCCCGCGCCUGGCCCUGCGCGCCGAGCACAGCGCGGCCAUGAUCCCGGAUCAACCGGCCUGCGGCCAGCAGGCGCCCGGCCCGAGUCUCCGCAAGCUGCUGCCGCACUAGGCCGGAGCGGGUGGGACACUCGGCCGAGGCUCCCAGGGCGGAAGGA